AUGGGCUGUGGAACGGGUGAACUAACCGCAUGUAUUGCAGACAUGCUUGGUGCUAAUAGCGAGAUUGUUGGAGUGGAUCCUUUAUUGGAUAGAAUAAAUAUUGCCGUGGGUAAAAACCGCCGAGGAAAUCUCAGGUUUAUACAUGGCCAAAGCUCCAGCCAAUUUCCUCAUCAUAACGAAGCGUAUUAUGACAUACACUUCAGUAAUUUCGUCCUUCAUUGGUUGCGUCCAAAGGAUCAAGAAAUUUUCAUCGAAACAGCGUUCAGAGUUCUCAAGCCUGGAGGAAGAAUCGCUAUUCAGUGCAACUACAAAAAAACCGAAAUUAUCGAUGCUGCGCUCAAAGAUCUUCUUCUAGUGGAUUUUGUCGAGUAUUUUGCGAUUAAAUCUGAGGUCGAAGUCAUGUUGAAACAGGCAGGGUUUGUUAUCGUGUCCUUCGAAUAUGCUGAACCAUAUAGUUACAAAUUUGAGAAUUUGUCGCAUUUCAUUGCCUGGCUCCGUGCAACAUAUUACAUUUCUGAAGGUAAAGUGCAGGAUAGUAAAGUUGAUGGAUUUCUACAAAAGUUUGCCAAUGAAGAUGGAACGUUGACUAUGACUAUACCCACAGACACAUGCGCAAUCUAUCAAAUUAUCGCCUCAAAGCCUGAACCACAAGACUCGAUUGAAUAG